CUACUAUUUAAUGUAUUAAUAAUCUCCUGAAAAACUUAAAUAGAUGUAGAGUUAUGGAAGAAAUAUGGAUGACAUGACUUGCAUAAUUGACUGUGGUUAUUUGGGUUCUCUUUUUCUGGGAAAUAUAGAAAGUGCAAGUAAAAUGAUUAAAUAUAUAAGGUGAUAUUGGACAACUAAAGAAACAUAAAAUAACAUCUAUUUUAUCAAUUUGUGUUACUAAAAUACCUUUUACUGUUAGUUCACAAAUGAAAUAAUAUUAACAUAUUAUUUUGGAAGAUAGUGAGAAUGAGAAUAUUUAUCGAUAUUUUAAUUCUUCUUUUGAAUUUAUUGAAAAAGGAAGACAAUCAGGAAAUGUUUUAGUUCAUUGUAUGGCUGGUAUAUCUAGAAGUGCCGCAUUAAUUGCUGCUUAUUUGAUGAAAAAACAUAAAAUGACAUCUAAAGAAGCUUUACAAUAAUUGGAAAGAAAAAGAUGGUAAGUUUAUCCUAAUGAUGGUUUUGUAAAAUAGUUACUUCAAUAUGAAAAAGAAUUAAAUUAUUAAUAAUAAGAUUUAUCAAAUGACUGGAUUGGAAAAAUAAUGUAAAAAUAAUAAAAUUUAAUUAAAGUAAAACAAGCACAUCUGAUACCAUAGUCAACAAUAUAAGUAAACAUCAUCACAGAGAAUCUAGUACUAAUGAGUAUUAGAAAAUUAGAAAGAAGUAUAUUGAUGAUUAAAAACCGAUUAAUUAAUAACAGAAAUCUACAGAAUAUUAAUUAUAAUAAUAAAGGAAAACUCAAUUUGAAUUAUUAAAUAAUGGAAUCGAUAUUCAAAUUAAAAGAUUAUAAUAAUUUUCUGAUGGUAAAAGAUUGAUGAGUGCUAAAGAGUCUAAAUAAAAUUUUAAUUUUCAAAAUCAAGAUAAAAAAAGAGCCUUGAUGGAUGCAAGUAAUCUAUAAAUUUAUAUAUAUAUAAGUAAACAAUUUUAGCAAAAAUUAAACAGUUAAUAAAGAUAUAUAUUAUGAGACAACUAUGUAUGUACCUAAAAAACUUGAAUUUUCAAGCAAAUUUUAACCUGCUACAACUAGAAAUUAAGUUUCAAGCAAUAAUGAAUUCACAUUUACAAUUAAUUAGUAAUAAAAAUUAGAAACUUUGCUUAAUUAGUUUAGCUAAAAAACUAAAUAGUAAUACAAAUGA